AUGCGCCAUUGUUUUAUUCUCCUUUUUUUCUUCGUGUUGUAUGGCGCACUCAGGGCUUUUCCCAUUGCGCCCCAGCGUACUGACACGCAUCACCACUACAUUCCAGAUUUCUAUAAUGCGACUUUUCUGGCUAACGGCGGCGACCCCACGAGCUUCGGUAAUCCCAACUGGUCGUUAGAACUGGACGAUCAGUUCAACCAGAACAACUCCAUAUCCAGUGUCAUCUUUUCCAUAACAGCGCCGGGAACAACCAUCAUGCCGUCCAGUACGGCCGCUGCCAUCUCCAAACAAGUUAACGAGUAUGGAGCGCGUCUACGCGACAGCAAUCCACAAAAGUACGGAUUUUUCGCCACACUCCCAUCGCUACUCGAUAGAGACGCGACACUGGCCGAAAUCGCUUACUCUCUGGAUACACUAAAAGCUGAUGGUGUGACCUUUUUUACCAGCUAUGGUAAUGCGACACAUUAUCUGGGCCAUCCGGAUUUUACGAAUAUUUGGGCGGCGUUAAAUGUCCGUAACGCGACGGUGUUUAUCCAUCCCACAUACGGGUGCAGUCUGAAACCGGUUUCCACCACGGUCAAUCUCAGUGUGUCAACGAUGGAUUUCCCCCAAGAAACCACUCGAACAAUCAUUGACAUGGUAGCGUCUAAUGUUAUCCGCGAUUUUCCGAAUGUGAAGAUCAUCGUUUCGCAUGCCGGCGGCACGUUGCCGUACAUUUUUGGGCGUAUCACCAAUUCGUUCUACCGUUCAGGUCGCCUUAAGAAAACUCCGGACCAAGUUCUGCAAGAAGUAAAGACGCUGUACUUCGACAUCGCCACAUCGAAGUAUCCAUUGACACUUGAUGCUAUCACGAACUUUGCGCAGCCUGAUAGAAUUUUAUUUGCAACGGAUUUUCCGUACAAUCCACUGCUUGCAACAUUAGAAGAGACGAAAAACUGGGAUGAGUACGUUGCGUCGUCGGUUGCGAGUACGACAAAAGGAUCACCCCAGAAUCUACUGGCCAUUGAUCGAGACAAUGCUUUGAAACUCUUCCCCAGAUUCAAGACGAGCUCAAUUGACUACAUAAUGUAUCGCUAA